AUGGCAACUACCAACUCAACACCAACUGUUAAUCAAAUUAUUUAUGAAGUUACAGCAGUUGUAAAUAAAGAGAUUGCAGAGAAAUGGGAUACAUACAUUCAGAAGCAUGUCAGUGAGAUUGUUUCGUUGGAAAAUGGUACAUUGUUCAAGAAGGGUGUCAUUCACAAGUUGACUCAACCAAGUGACCCAGCCACUGAAGAGUACGUCAUGCAAUACUUUGUUGUCUCUCAAGAGACCCUCGAUACCUACGUAAAGGUACACGCACCACGUCUUCGUGAAGAGGCACUCACUCUCUUUUCAACCGGUGGACUCAAGACCUCACGUCGUAUCUACGCAGUACUCCACGAGAUCCAAUCAAUUCCACAAACCAAAGAAUUCGGUUAUGUAUUCUAA